ACGGCUCCAGCGCCUGCCUCAGCGUCAGCUGCGCGCCGGAAGGGGCCGGCGGCUCCGCCAUGGCGGCGGGCCCGGAGCUGCGGGAGGUUGAAUAUCCUGAUUCACAACUUGGUGUAUUACUGGAGGAUGGGGGAGCUUGCGCGACUGCAGCUUGCAUGAGUUCUCAGCACCUACGUCGUGAGGUGGUCGUGCCGAGCAGAACUGCUGCCCACUGACAGAAAAGUAUUGGAUCUCUUUGUGACAGCGCUUCACAGGAAACUGUAUGGGUACUGUAAACGUUCCUCUCACCAGCCUAUCAUGGGAGAUGUGACAGAGAAAGAGAUGGAUAACCUCACGUUCAAAAGUGACACUGUGCUUUCUGAUGUUCACAUACACUGUCCAAACAAAAGACAUCUCAUGGUGCGGUUGAACGCAGUUGGACAACCAGUAUUCCUGUCGUAUUUCAAACUCCUUUGGAACACAGACGAUUGGGCAUCUGAGAAAUCUGGAAGAGAAGCUACCGUUGAAAGAGAACACCAGUACAGCAGUGGCGAUGAACUGUGUGACAAGGACAGAAAUAAUCUAAAAAAUGAAAGGGAAUCGAAUACUGAAGGACUAGAAGCUCUGCUGGAUGAUGAUGGAGACUUAGAAGUGGUCAGAAGACCUCAAAGCACUUCUGAUUUAGAGGCGGAGGAUCUUUCGAGGGAUAGGGUAUAUCCUGUAAUCCUGAUGAAAGGGAAAGAAGAUGCUUUUGAAGACGAAGAAGAAUGCACUUGCACUGAUGUUGUUAAAAUAGAGCAUACCAUGGCAACCCCCUUAGAAGAUGUUGGAAAACAAGUCUGGCGUGCAGCUUUUCUUCUUGCUGACUACGUUCUGUUUAAACGGGACGUGUUCAGGUGUUGCACAGUACUAGAGCUUGGCGGUGGCACUGGAAUUACAAGCAUUAUCAUGGGAACAGUUGCCAACAGAGUUUAUUGCACAGACGUUGGUGAUGAUCUUCUGGCCAUGUGUGAACAAAAUGUUGCAUUAAACAAGCAUUUGAUGGAGCCAGGAGGAGGAGAAAUUAAAGUAAAGGAACUUGACUGGCUGAAAGAUGAAUUCUGCACUGAUCCUGAAGCUCUUUUUAGCUGGUCUGAAGAAGAGAUUGCUGAUUUGCAUGACCACUGCACUGUGAUAAUGGCAGCUGAUGUGUUCUAUGAUGAUGACCUGACAGAUGCUUUGUUCAGAACGCUGUAUAGAAUCACACACAACUUGAAAAAUUCUUGCACAGUUUUCCUAGCAAUAGAAAAGAGACUGAACUUCACUUUAAGACAUAUGGAUAUUACGUGUGAAGCGUACAGCCACUUUAGAAAUACUCUAAAUGAUCUGGAGAAUCUCCAGGAUGGAAAAAUGAAAUACAACGUGGAGCCCAUUAAGCCUGAUUUCUGCCAGUUUCUCAGUUAUGAACGGAUCGAGCAGUUGGAAUUGUGGAAGAUUAUUGCUGAUCAGCUAACGUGACAGGGACAUGAGAAAAUAGAAGAUAUUUAUCUAAGGAUAAGGACUUUUUUUUGGAUGUUUAUUUAAAAAAUCCUGGUGGAACUGAGUUCUCAGAAAGUAAUUCCACGCAGAUUUGCCUUACCUCAGUAAGUUUUUGUUUGGGCGGUUAGGACAUGGUUUCUUUGCUUGUGGUAUGAAGUUGGUUAAUGUUGAUCUUCUGAGUACGUGCUGGAUGAGAAGCUGGCUGUGACACACUACUGUAUGCUCUCCAGGACUGAUGGCCUAGGUUUUAGAUUCUGACAAAGAGGUAUUUAACCUUUUUUUGUGUGGCUGAUUUGCAGAUGUCAUUCAUAUUCCCUUUGGGUUUUCUGAACUUGGACACUGUUCUGUCUUAUCCUGAGUUCCACAUGAUGUGUAUUUAUGGACACUUGUGAAACAGUCUUCUGUCAUGAACUUUUCUUUAAACAGUCUGCUUCUUUGGUUUUGGUUUGUAUAAAUCAGUCUAGUUUAGGGCAACUGUCUCAACUGAGACAAGAUGCAUUUAGUCUGAGCCUCUAAAAAUGUUCCACAUACGUCUUGGAGCCAUAUUGUCCUUCUGGCAUUUUAAGCUAUUCUGUGCUCGCCAGGUUGAGGAUGGGAAGGUGCCGUGUGACGUGACCUCCCCCUCUUUAAAAGCCAGAAUUCUGAAUGUAUACAUGUGAGACAGGGGAGAAGGAGGUGACCUGCAAUCUCUUGCCCGUGAGGGGCUGUCAGUGCCUUAGCUUUUGGAUUAAAGUACAACAUACUUAUCAGAUCUCUCCUGUGUUAUUAAUGAAACCAAAGUUCACGGUAUUUGUACGUACUAUAAAUGUUACGUGUACUAUCAUGUUUGUAUCACUUGCCAUAUGUACACUGUCACUUAAAUUCUUGUGCCUCCUGGAUUCUUUAGCAUUACUGUCCCAGCCUGUGACUCGUGGGAGUGCGCAUACGUUACGUUAGAAGCAUCUGGUUGUCUUCUUGGAAGUCUGUUCUACAUUUGGUUUGGUUUGGUUGUUUUAGGUCAAAUAUUUCAUAACCUUAAUGCUCAGUUACGUGAGGACAUUUUUUCUAUUUUUCAUGUUGAUUAAUGAGGUGAAAGGUCAUUAGAUGAAGAUGGCCUUUUCCUUUGAGUAUAGCCAAUCAAAGUAAAAAAUACGUUGAAUUGGCAUAUAGCUGCCUAAAAACUCAGAACCCUCAUUUAAAGCUGAAUCAUAAACAAACAAAACCCUAUAUUUUAAUCCAAAGAUUCCAAAACCAGAGUUCUUGGUUUUGGUAUGCAGUGGUUUUGGCAACAUGCCACCUCUGCUGUCCUGAAUGACCACCUUAACAGGUAGAACCUAAGCCAGAGACUGAAUGAACUCUGGGGGCAUUUUAUGGACGUUUCACAAGGGUGGUUCAUAGGCUAAGGGAAUGAUGUAUGGGUAGAAGUUGGAGGGCGGUGAUCAAUGAGCAUAUACUGGAUAAGGUGGGACCUGAGCAUAAUGUAAAUGGUGUGGAAUGCGGGUGGAUGUUGUACUGGUUUUGUCUGGGGUAGAUUUAAUUUUCUUCAUAGCCUGUGCUCUGUUUUGGAUUUGUGAAGAGAACAGUACUGAUAAUACACUGACGUUUAGAUGUUGCUGUGCAGUGGUUACACAGCAUCAAGGUCGGCUGUUUCUCAUGCUGCCCUUCUGGUGAGUAGGAAGGGAAGGGGACGCAGCCAGGACUGCUGACCGCAGCGAACCAAAGCCAUGUUCCAUACCGUGUGGUGUUGUGCUCAGUGAUAAACGCUGGGGGAAAGCAGGAGGUGGGAGGGACAUUUGGGGUUAAUGUUUGUCUUCCCAAGUUGCUGUUACACGUGGUGAAUCCCAGCUGUCCUGGAAAUGGUUGAACGCCAGUGGGAAGCAGUGAAUGAUUCCUUCUUCUACUUUGCUUGUGCCUGCAGCUUUUGCUUUACCUGUUAAAUGGCAUUUAUGUCAAACCAUGGAUUUUUUCAUGUUAACAUUUCCACUUCUGUCCCCCAACCACCGGGGAGAGUGAGAGAGCAGCUGUGUGGUGCUGAGCUGCCUACUGGGGCUAAACCAGAGAAGUUUGUUUUGCAAUGUUGUUAACUGUGACAAAUUAACAGAAGAAAACUGUUUCUGAAUGUAGCUGCUCAUUUAACCAGUGAUUUUCUGAAGGUUACAGCAAGAGAUGAAUGUGAACUGAUGUGAAAUAGUGUGUGUAGUUAAAGAAGAGUUUUACUUGCACAGGAACUCAUCCAGGUAGGGGGGUACUCUAAAUCUGUUCAACAUAGACAUCACUUUAUCACAAGUGGCUUAAAUUAGCAUCUAAAAAAAACAUAUAUAUAUACCUGUGUCUUUGUUUGAGUAAAUAUGAACAUCACUGCUGCCUGGGAAGCAAGCUGAAAUAGAAUUUCCUCCUAAAGACAUAAAGCUAAUCUCCCUGUUGAAGGGAAACAACUUCCUUGGGGGUUCAGUGACUGAGGUCUACUGGUCAGCUUGCAAAUUUGGAUCCACUUAUCACUGGUGAUAAGGAAUAGUCCGAAACAGGCAGAAAUUCUAAGAACACAAGAAUUGCAGAGAGUCUUAGAAUGCCUUGGCCUUGCAAUGUAAAUGAGAAGUAUAGACUGACCUGCCAGAGAACUGGCUGCUGCUACUUAAGGAUACUUAGUAAGGACCUUUUCAAUUUUGUUCUUAAUCGCGCUUUAAAUAGGUCGGACAUGGUCGUAUUUUUUUAGAACUCAUCACAUAAAUUUACACCGUGUUUGUUAGGAUGAUUAAAAGUGGAAAAUUGCUUAGUGUUAAGCAUACAGAUCAUGACUGGAAAUCAAGUUAGUGCCCAAAAUAAUAAUACUUCUGGCACGUUACCUGUAUGGAUAUGAUCAAGAAGGUGGUUGUUUGUUUGUUUGUUUGUUUUUUCUAAUAAAGCAUGAUUUUAAAAAAUGG